AUGGCUGACCCACAUAAUAGGUCAGAUCAUGUGAAGCGUCAUCGUACACCUUCAUCUUGCUCAGUGUGUCGCAAGAGAAAGUCCAAAUGUGACAGGGUCCGACCUGUUUGUGGCUCAUGUAAAAAGAAAUCCAUAGCCCAUUUAUGUUUCUACGAAGCUGAGAAUGGUGGUACUGGUAACGGCUUAAACGAUGGAACUCUUGUAAAUGAAUUUGUCUUGGCUCCGGAUAUCCCAUUUGUUGACCCAAAUAUACAACAUCAAGCCCCAAUUCAUCACCAAUUUCAACAUGUACCGAAUUCGAAUCAGGCCAAUAUAACUAGGCAACAACUUCCUAGAGGAGGAAUUAACCAACAUGGAGGAGUCACUCAAAUGGCAUUCGCCCCUACAAAUCAACUGUUGUAUGUUUAUGCUCCACCAAAUGGGACUGUAAGUGCUACAGGUGUAGACUCAACCUCUCAAAACCAUGUGCAUGUACGAAGCUUACCUCCACAGUCGCUUCAACAAACUUCUGGACAAAUCCAACUUUCUUCUUCUCAACAAGAAUCACAAUUUCAACGAGUCCAACAACAAGCGCAGCAGCAAUUUCAACCUCAAUUUCAACCACAAUAUCUGGCAUCAUCACAUCACCAAUAUUCUCAACCGCAUCAAUCUCCCCAAGCUCAACAUUCACAUGCACAUCCAAAUCAAACUCAAACUCAAACCCAAGCUCAACUUCAACCUCUGAAUCAACCUCAGCCUGUUCCGCCCGUUCCGCCAAUACAACAACUUCAUUCACACGCACUUCCUCUCACACACCAAUCACAACCGCAUUUUCAACAUCAACAGAACCAACAGCUUCAAUCACAGCCGGCUACACAACUCAAGCAGUCCCCAACACAAAAGCCCCGAAAAGUUAAAGACUCUCAACUAAACGAACUCUCAUCGAAGGGAACACAAUCUCAUUCCCACAAACAACACAUAAAGCAACGAUCCGUUACUGGCCCUAGCCCCUCUGUUGGAGAUGGUCAGACAAAGAGGACCAAAAUGCAACAUCAUGCUAAGGUCAAAAAUGGUUCAAGGUCUCAACAAAAAUCCGUGGAGACUGACAUAGUUAUUGACUCUAACCUGGCACACACCGGCGGGGUGACAAUACCGUCCAGUACCAGUAGUAUUGCUGGCAGCGGAAGUAUCGGUAGUGGUACACCAGAAUCAACUCCAGGUAGCCUGGGAAGUAGAUCGGGGGCUUCUGUGACCAAUGCGACCGGCGCAUCAAUUUCAUCAUCAUCAUCAUCAUCACUGCAUCAUCGCGGUCCACAGCCACUACCACUACCAGCACUGAAUUACAAUACCUCAACCAGUGCACCGGCACUUCAGCGUCCUGUUCUUCCUAAUACGUUCACCCCUCCACAAAACAAAAUGUUACCAUUAACCGGUAACGCUGAUAAAGAUCAUCAUGUGCAAUUAGCACCAUUAGAGAGAGAUAGUCCAGUCUUCCCUUCUCUCAACAAUCUACCCAGAACGGCACAUGGCCAACUGUUGAUAUCGAUUGUAAUUGGGCCCAACUCCACAUUAAAAGUUAACCCACAUGAUACAAUGGAUGUGUUUUCCCAUGGGAGUUACUCGAUGGUCAUCGAUGGUCCAAAUUGGCAACAGCAUGGUUCACUUUCAUAUACAGCUUUAACAAAGAGUGAUCCUUUCAUAAAAUUUCUUAGAUCAUAUGCUGUCAAUUUAUUCAAAUCCGGUGAAUUAUCAAAGUACUUUUUAACUGAAUAUUCCAAGAAGAGAAAAGCAAGUGUGGAUAAUACUGGGCUGUCAAAAAGAAAACACCUGCCCUUAGAUGACAACCCGGAUAAGACAUUGGAUCAUGGGACUGGCACCAAUGGUUACCCCCAUGUGAAAAAGGAGAACACCGAUGAAGAUGAAGAUGACGACAUUGGAAUUGAAGAUAGUCUUAUUGUAUCUAAGAUAAGUUUAUCGAAAGAGGCAUUAGCCAAGAAAGAUGCAGAAGCCAAGAUCAAGGUUACAAUCCCUGAGACCUUUCUUGGUAUAAAAUCAUUAAAUAAAAGUCAAAAGUCGCAGGAGGAGUUUUAUAAUGACGUGAUUAUCAAGUCAGUGUUAUUAGUAUUACCUUCUCAAAAGAACUUGUUUAUUUUAUUCUACAGAUAUUUCAAGUAUGUCCAUGCAUUCAUUCCAAUUAUUGAUGAGAACUCAUUCAUUAAAGAUUUGAAUAAAUUAUUUCCCGAAAGAUUUCCAAGGUUUAUUCAAGAAAAGUAUACAGAAAUAUCUAUUAGUCAUUCCCACGAUUUAAACACAUUAGCACUUUUGUUAUUGACUGUUAGAUUAGGAUAUAUGUCUAUGCUUCAUAACAAUGAAGGUAACAAUUCAAUAUAA